AUGGAGGACGAGGAGGGGAAUCAGAUUCACAGGGAUGGGGCGCUGGCAGAGGGAUUGCUGGAGAGGAAGGGGACGAAGAUUAAGAUCAAGCAGAAGCUGCUGCCGGGGAAGGCUGGGGGAAAGGGGUGGGUUGAGGGGUCGGGUGGUGGAGAGGCGAGUUUUGAAACGUCUCAAAACAAGAUUAAGAUUAAGGCGAAAAUGCUACUGGGGAAGGCUGCGGGGAAGGGGGGAGUUGAGGGGUCCGGUGGUGGAGGGGCGAGAGGUGCUGGUGGGUGGAGUGCGGUGGGAGGCGAUGGUGGGAAGGGUGGUUCUGCUGCUGCUGGUGCUGAUGGUGAGGGUGCAGGUGAUGGUGAUGGUGAUGGUGAUGGUGCUGGUGGUGGUGCUGCUGCUGCUGCUGCUGGGGGGGAUGGGGAGGAUGGAUUAGAUGUUGAUCUGACAGCCACACAACCUAGCCAGGCUAGUUAUGGUGCUGGUGCUGCUGCUGGUACUGAUGGUGGUGAUGGUGCUGGUGUUGGUAAGAAAGGCAAGGAGAAAAAGGAGCGGAAGGAGAAGAAGGGGAAGAAGGGGAAGAAGGAGAAGGAGGAGAAGAAGAAGGGGAAGAAAAUCUCUCAGUCUGCUUUGGAUGAUGGGGCUUCUGCUGAUGUCAACACUAUUGCGGACGAGGCGCAAGGGAAUGUGGGGGAUGGAGAGGAUUCGCAUGGGGGAAAGGGGAGAGGGCAUGGGGAGGAGGAUUUGGGGGGGAUGCAUGGUGAGGGCGAUAAGGGAGGAGAUGAGGAAGGGGAGGUUGGUGGGGGUGGUGAGGGAGAGGAGGAGGAGGAGGAGGAGGAGGCAUUUGGAGGGAUGGAAGAGGAAGGAGGAGAAGAAGAGGAAGCGGAAGAGGAGAGAGAGGAGUGGGGCGAACAGAGGGUUGGAGAGGCAGGAAGGGGAUGGAGGAACGAGGGGGAUGGGGAAAGGGAGUGGCAAGAAGAGAGCGUGGAGGACGGGUUUCAUAAGCCGAAGAAGCAGAGAAGAGGAGAGAGAAGUGGUGGUGGGGAGAGGACUGCGAAUGACCAGGAGGAGAGGAGGCGACAGGAGCAGCAGCAGGAGGAGACUGAGGAAGAGGAGGAGGGCAGGAGAGGGGAUGAGAUGCGGCAGCGAUUGAAGAAGGCAGCAAGGGGUGGUUUAGAUCCUUUUGAAGAGGAGGGGGAGAUGGAAGACGAGAAAGAGAGAGUGAGGAAUGAAGAUUGGGAGAGAAGGCAGGGAAGCGAGAGGAAGAGUGAGAAGAGCAGGGACUGGGGAGAGGAGCAUGAGUGGGAGAAGGAGAAGAAGAGGGACGGGAAAAGAGAGAAGGAGCAGGUGAGUGGAGGUCUGAGGAUGGGUACCGAAGCCAUUGGCAUUUAUGCCGAACCUCACCCCGCUGCCAAGAGGCUUGCUGCCUCGGAGAGAGAGCGAGGAGGCUCAGCAUCACCAGGCUCGGUAGACAGGCUCGGUAAAGCUGCUGGAAAGGACAGGCAUGGUGAAGGGUGGGUUGGGAAAGAGGGUUGGGGAAGGGGGAGGAGUGAGGAAGGAGAGGGUAAGUUGCAGGAGAGAAAAGGGGAGGAGAGGGAGAGGAGGAAGGAUAAGGUAAAAGAGAGCAGGCAGUAUGAAGACAAGGAUAGGGAGAGAGUAAGGCACAAGGAGAGGGAUUGGGAAGGAGUGAGGGAAAGGGAGAGGGAUAGGGAGACUGGGAAGGAGAGAGGAGGAAGGAUUGUGAAGCUUAAGCUUGAGAGGAAGGAUAGUGAGAGGGAUAGGGGAGGGGAACAAGUGAGGGAAAGGGAGAGGGAUACUGGGGGACGAAGAGGGGGGAAUGAGGUGGAUAGGGAUGGUUGGGAGGAUAAGGAGCUGGAGAGGAAGCAUGAUCGUGAGUGGAGACGCGAGAAGGAAAAGGGCGAGGAGAAGAGGAGAAAAGAAGAUGCACACGGGGAGAGAGACGAGUGGAGGAGAAGGGAGGAUAAGGAGCGGAAAGAGGCGAAGGAGGGGAGAGAAGAGAGGGAGGGCAAAGAGGAGAGGGAGCGGAGACGAGAGAAAGAGAGGAAGGAGAGGGAGAGGAGAGAGGAAAGGGAGAGGAGGGAGGAGAGGGAAAGAUCACGUUCUGUGGGAGUUGAUGAGCCAAGAGGGAAGGGCAGAGAGGAGAGGGAGGAGAGGGAGGAGAGGGACAGGGACUGGCGGGAGGAAGAGAGGGGACACAGUGGGGCGCAUGGAGGGAAGCGGAGAAGCUCCCAAGCUCUCAAGGGACCUCGCUCAAAGGGAGCCGGGGGAGAGGGAACGAAGCGCAGUGCUACUCCUGGUGCUUGGGAGGGUGGUGGUGGGCGCAGCGAGGGGGGGAGAGGAGCAGGGCCGGCUCUGAAGCGUGUGAAGCUGCCAGAAGGGGCUGUUCUGGCCAAAGAUUCUCUGCGGAGCAUCUUUGAUAAUGUGCUUGCCUUUCUGCGGCUCCAUGCGGAUAUUUCUUACAUUUUCCAAAAGCCGGUCACCAAGAAGGAGGCUCCGGACUACCAUACAGUCAUCAAGCAUCCCAUGGAUCUUUCGACCAUGUCCAAGAAAAACCGGCAAGGGGUGUAUAUGUCGCGGGAUGCCUUUUGGAGCGACAUGAAGCUGAUUCAACGCAACGCUCAUGUUUAUAAUGAGGAGCGUAACCCGGGCAUCCCGCCGGUCGCUGACCAGUUGGCAAACCUCUGUGCGCAGGAACUGGAUAAGCACAGGGAAGAAAUUGCUGAUGCGGAAGCAAGGCUUAGCUCUUUUGUUACAUAG